AGUGAAUUGUCAUCAACUUGUGACAUCGUGACAAUACGAACACGUCAAAAAAAUCAAAAUCUCAAAAGAUGGCUGACUCUGGGCCUAGUAAGAGCGAUAUCGAGGCAGUAUUUCAAAGAUUACGUUCGAUUCCAGCAAAUAAAGUAUGUUUCGACUGCAACGCCAAAAACCCUACGUGGUCAUCAGUGACAUACGGGGUAUUCAUUUGUCUGGAUUGUUCCGCGGUGCAUCGCAGCCUGGGAGUGCAUCUUACUUUUGUACGGUCAACACAACUGGACACUAAUUGGACAUGGAAGCAACUAAGGAAUAUGCAAUUAGGUGGCAACAUCAAUGCGACCCAGUAUUUUCGUUCACAUGGACUUGUAACCGAAGAUGCCCGUCAGAAGUACAGCUCUCGAGUGGCUCAGUUGUACAAAGACAAGCUGAGUGCUAUGUCUGAAGAGGCAAUGAAGACUUAUGGGACUAAGCUUCAUAUAGAGCAGACAGCUGAGGUGAAGGAGACUAAGGAGGUGGAGGUAGACUGGUUUGCUGAGCAUGCAGAGAGUGUUAACACUAACCAUGUCAUAGCACAGCCGAGUGUGAAUGAAUUUAGUUCCGAGGCUCGUUUGUGGGGCGCCAGUACUGCUGGUGUGGACACUCCACGGCCCUCGGCCACACGGGCUCCGUCUAGAAGGCCUGCUUUAGGUGUACGUAAAGGUGGUUUGGGUGCUACAAAGGUUGCCGCAAACUUUGAAGACAUUGAAAGAGAGGCCAUUCAAGCUGAGAAACUCAAAAGUGAGUCCAAGGUGGCAGAGAGUUCAGCAACCUUGGAGACGGUUGAGAAGGAGGUUGCUUCACUGCGUCUGGCCUACAGACCUGAUGGGGCUGACAGGCUGGGGAUAGCGGCCGCUAACAGGGCCACCGGAGUUGGCGUGUCCCAUUCCGCGGCGUCUGAUAUGACGAGCAUUGAACAGGAGGGAGCGACGCCGUGUGAGAAGUCUAGUGAUGAGGAUGAGUUUAACGACUUCAAUAAUGUGUUUGUUAUGAUCAGGAACGAGCCUUUCAGUAACAGUCGGGGUCUGGACUCUCUACUCAAUGACACGCCAUCACGCAAGGAACCGGCUUGGGAGAGUAUUGAACCAGAACCGACUCGCAACGUCCGCAGCAUGUUCUCAGACAAACCUACCACCCCCACCACACCCAAGACCUCCGUCACCACCCCCAGGAACAGACCCAAGAAACAGGACUCCGACGAUGACUCCGCUGUCAAGAAGUUUGGUUCCGCCAAAUCUAUCAGCUCCGCACAAUUCUUUGGUGAACAGGACUCCCGGUGGGGUGAGAACAAUCUGUCUCGUUUUGAAGGCAGCUCGAGUAUUUCAUCAGCCGACUUGUUUGGGACCAGGACUCCAACACAACACAACUCCUUCUCUGUUUCAGCACCGGAUCUUGAUGAGGUUCGUGAAUCAGUGAGAGCGGGCGUAACUCGUGUAGCGGGACGACUGUCGUCCCUGGCUAAUGGAGUCGUGUCCUCUAUACAGGAACGCUACGGUUAUUGAUGAACACUAUCCGCACCAACCUGACAUAAUAACUUCCAUACGGAUAAUUAUUAUUAAUUCUAUAUAUAUAUAAAUUUCAUCCAUAACGAAAUUAUAUUAUUAUAUAGUUUGACAAUAUUGUACAAAAAAAAAAAAAAUAAACUUUGUAAGCCUACGUUUUGUAUUAUCUGUGCUCUGAAUUAAUUUUGAUUGCAAUAUUGGAUGUCAAUAAGACUUGUGUGAUCGGCAUUUCAUAUCCGAUGUGCCCUAAUUUGAUAUUUAAUUCUUGACCAAAAACAUUGGCCUUAGAUCUAAUAGCAAUAUGACACGCAUUUCAUAUAAUAUAAAUUCAUUUUCCAUACAAUAUGUGCACUCUCACUGUAAUAUUUUUAUUUUGUCGUUAUUCUGUAUCUAGUUAAUGUCCCGCUUAAUAUCAAAAUUUAAAAUAAAUUUAUGUAAUAUAGUUAACAUUAAAUUUGUAAACUAUUGCAUACAUUUUUUAUAAAUAUAUAUAUAAGUAGAGCAAUUUAUAGAGUGUUCUUUUUUAGAUUUGGCGACAAAUAAUCGAACAAUAAACUUAUAUUUAACAUGUCAGUGUUGUACAUAUUGUAGUAGACAUCAUCCUGUAUAUAUUUUAUAGUGCAAUACAUCAGUUACCAUUCGGCCACUCCAGUACAUGUGUACAUUGAUUUACUAUAAAUUGUGUACACAUGUGUACAUUGAUUUAUUAUAAAUUGUGUACACAUGUGUACAUUGAUUUAUUAUAAAUUGUGUACACAUGUGUACAGUGAUUUAUUAUAAAUUAUACUACACUGUAAUACAACUCUACACGGUCACUAAUAAUUUUUAUAUAUAAAAAUAUGCAUUCCUACUUCAUUGAAUUGUUGCACUUGUGUUGAAAUUAUAUCAUUAUACUGCAUUUAGUAUUAAUUUUUAUUUUUUUUAAGAUUUUAUUUUAAAUUUCUAUGGUCAAUUUAUAUAUAUAUAUAUUAUUUUCGAGAUAUCUAUUUCAUUGAAUAUAUAUAUAUUUUUUUGAUUUAUUUAACACUUCAAUAUUCUAUAUAUUUAAUGUAGGUGUUUGUAGGGGAUACUUCAGGAGCAAUAGCAUAAUUUUGUUAAUCGAAUCACCUCCUCAAUAUUAUGUAGGUAGGCUGUAGAAUAUUAUUUUACUAUUAAUAUUUUCUCUAUACAACAUAUGUCACUUUUGUUUUUUAUAUUUUACUACCCACAGAUUUCUGAAUACUGCUCGACUUUUAAUUAUGACUGAAACAUCUCACUUUUGAUUCUAAAAAAAAUAGGUAGUGGCAUUUUAUUCAGCAAUUAUUUUGAAUGUUUGUAUAGAAUUAUCUUUAGGAUUUUUAGGUAAUAAUUAUCAUAAAAAUAUACAGAACUAUAUUUGGAAUAA